UUUUAAGUUCUAAAGAAAUCAAGUAAAAAUAAACUGCAUAAAAAGCAAAUUUAAAAAAAAGUGAAAAAGAAUAAGUUUCAUAGCGUAUUGUUACGCAGUAGUUUGACCAUAGAGAUCGGUUUCUUAAAUUUAGAAGCAAAUGGUUUGAAUAUCGUGUAAUUUCUAGUUCUGGAAAAGAUUAAACAACCGUCAAUUAUAAAACUCUGUUUUAAUUACAAACAUAUAUAGAAAGAUUUUUAACUUUAUUUCAAUAUAUUAUUUAUGUACAUUACACAAUGAUAUUUUGAGUAUUUAAUUUUUUUGAUGAACUAAAGAUUAAAUGAGCAAAAUUUGAGUACGUAAAAAUGCUUUCGAAAGAACAACUUCUUAAAAACAUAAAUGACAAUUCUAUACUUGAUCUAGAAAUAGGAAUUCACACAAAAAAAAAAGUUUUAAAAGUUGAUAUAAGUAAAAUACGAGAAGAAAUAGAAAAAAUAACAGCAUCAGAAGAAAGCGAAACAAAUAAAAUUACUCAUCUAAAAAAAUUAGAGAAAGAACAAUAUAAACCUUUGAUCCAUGAACUAGCUUACAAGAAGUCAGUAGAAGAACUGAAAGAUUUGAUAAUAGUUUUGAACGAUCUAGGCUAUUUAACCAGCAAACUAGGAGAGCUAAGUCGAGAUCUGAAGUAUUACACUGAGGCAGCGGUAUUUUAUCAUUACAUAAUUGCAAUACUGACGGAAAAAUUCAACGAAAGUGUAAUAAAUGUAGAAGCUAAAAAUGAAUUUAUUAUUUCAAACUAUAUAAAUCCAGAGAAUCAAUUAGUUCAUUUACAGAACCUAAUAUUUUCAGUGAUUGGUGGAGACCAAAAUAAUAUUCCUAUAGUGCACGAGGAAGCAAAAAUAAAUAAAAAUUUACUACUAAUAUUGCGAAACGAAACCACUGAAGUGCUAAAAGAAGUAGAAUCUUAUCGAAAACAAAUUAAUGUUAACGAUCAAAAAGAGAAACAAAAAAAUCAAGAACUUUACGUAAAUGCAGCAAAAAAUUGGUUUGAAAAAAUAGCUGAUCGAAUGAAAAAGUUUCUGGCUAAGUUAUAUGAUGAUAGUGUAAAACAAAUAGCUAUAAAUGCACCUUGCAAAUUUGCAGUAAUAGGGCUUGGUUCAAUGGCACUAAAACAAAUGACCCCUUAUUCAGAUUUAGAGUUUGCUAUUUUGACUCAGAAUAGCAAUUAUAAAAAAAGCGAUGAUCCCAAAAUUAAAAGCUAUUUUAAGAACUUAAGCCAUUUAGUGAACUUCAAAAUAAUCAAUUUAGGAGAAAGUAUUAUUCCAACUAGUAAAUAUCUCUUAGAUAUGAGUCAUUUAGUACCCGUAGCAGUUAAUUUUGAUUUAGGAGGUAAAACGCCUCUUGGAAGAAUUGAAAAGGAUAAAAAAUAUGAACUAAUACAAACAAUGCACGGGAUGCUGAGUUUUGUAUAUAAUGAAAAUAACUGGGCGAGUCAUAUUGAUAAGAACUUGCCAUAUAUAUUACAAAAUGUGUGUUAUGUGUAUGGAGAUGAUGAACUUGUAAAAGAUUAUAAAAAUAAAGUUACAAACUUUUUGCUAAGUACUAGUUAUGAAGAAAACCAAAAGCUCAGAUUAAACUGCGAAAUAAGAGCCUUUAAAAUACUACAAGAAGGAAUAGUAGAAAUUAAUUAUCUUCAUUCAACGUCGACUCUGCAACGGAAAGAAACUUUUUUUAAAGGCGAUAUACAUAAAUUAGAGCCCGAAUUAUUUUAUACUGAAGGUCGCUUUUUCCAAGUUAAGCAAGAAAUUUACCGAUUACCUGAUCGUAUGGUAUACAACCUUGCUUUGUAUUUUGGUAUUGAAGGAGAAAGUGCUUGGGAUUUAGUAGAUAAAUUGGAAAACAAAGGAAUAAUAAAUUCACAGGCAGCACUUAAUCUUAAAAAUGCUAUAACAUUUGCCACUAUAAUUAGACUAAAAACCUAUUCUCACCAUAAAGCACAGAAAGAAGAUAUGUCAAUAUUUGUAAGACCAGUUGCAACUGAGUAUGAGAUAAAAAAACGAGCUACACAAGUAUUCUAUUUAUCUGAAGCAGACUUACAAGAACAAGGAGGAUUAUUUCAGUAUUUCUAUACGGCAUUACCUUUACAUGAUAGAUUAAAAUGUUUCUGUGACCAAUAUCAAUCUUUAGAUACAAGCAUACAAAUAUUUUUUAAGGACAGUAAGUUUUAUAAUGAUGAUUAUGCUACUAAAGGUUUUAUUCAUUAUAGAUUAGCGCAAUAUAAGGAGGCUCAAAGCAAUUUAGAAAAAGCCUUGGAGGAUGAAACUAAUAAAGACAACUUAAAGAUAAAAAAUUAUUUGGGAAACAUAUCUUUAAAAAUUGGCGAAAACGAUAAGGCUACUCAGUAUUACAUAGAUUGUUUAAACGUUACAAAAAAAAUUUACACAGAUGAACGUCACCCAAGUGUUGCUGAUUGUCUAAAUAACCUUGGAACAGCUCAUAAUGCUAAAGGACAGUAUAAUGACGCAGUUGAAUGCAACAAAAAAAGUUUAAAGAUAUACAAAUUUAUCUAUCAAAAUGAGCCUCACUCAAGUAUUGCUAAUUCCUUAAAUAAUCUUGGAGAAGUUUUUAGACACCAAGGUCAAUAUGAAAAAGCAAUAAAAAAGUUUAAAAAAAGCAUAGGUAUAAAAAAACUUUUUUACCAACGUGAACCUCAUUCAGAUAUUGCUUCUACUUACAAUAAUCUAGGAUUAGUUUAUAGCGUUAACGGACAAUAUGAUCUUGCUAUUAAGUGCUACGAGAAGAGUAAAAAGAUUUACCAGUUAGUAUACAAGAAUGAACCUCACCCUUAUGUUGCUGAUGUUUUGAAUAAUCUAGGCAUAAUUUAUAAGAGUAAUUUACAAUAUGAUCAAGCAAUUUUCUUUUACGGAGAAAGCCUAAAUAUUUACAAAAUAUUUUAUCAAAAUGACCUGAACCCAAGUGUUGCUGACUCUUAUAAUAACUUAGGGUUAGUUUACAUGGCCAAAGAUGAAAAUGAUACAGCGCUUAAAUACUGCAAUCUUAGUUUUGAGAUUUACAAUCAUAUCUAUCAAAAUAAACCACACCCAGAUAUUGCAUGGUCUUUAAAUAAUCUUGGAUUAGUUUAUUGUGCUAAAAAGCAAUAUGAUAAAGCAAUUAACUACUAUAAGGCAAGCAUGAAAAUGAAAAAACAUGUCUACCAAGAUAGAAAUCACCCAAGUAUUGCUAAUUCUUUAAAUAAUCUAGGAUUAGUGUAUGCAGACAAAGGCCAAUAUAGUAAAGCUAUAGAGUACCAUAAAAAGAGCCUAAAUAUGAGAAAACUCAUCUUCCAAGUUGAAUCUCACCCAGAUAUUUCUGUUUCGUUGAAUAACAUUGGAUUAGUUUAUACUGAUAAGGGGAAAUAUGAUUCUGCAAUUAACUACUUUAAGGAAAGUCUUAAGAUGAAAACGUUUAUUUACCAAAAUCGACCUCACCUUAGUAUUGUCCAAUCUUUGAAUGGUCUAGGAUUAGCCUACUCUAAAAUAGGACAGUAUAUUACUGCAGCUAAACACUUAAAGGAAAGUCUAAAGAUACAAAAAUGCAUGUUACAAAAUCAACCUUGUGUUGCUGAAUCAUUAAACAACCUUGGGAAUGUCUAUAGACUUCAAGGAAAAUAUAAUCAGGCAAUUAAAAAGUAUGAAGAAAGUUUAGAGAUGCUUAGAAUCAUUUACAAAGAGGCAGAUCACCCUAUUAUUGCUUGUUCUUUAAAUAAUUUAGGAUUAGUUUAUGCUGAUAAAAAGGAAUACAACCUAGCAAUUGAUUAUUAUAAAAAGAGCAUAAAGAUGGAAAAAAGAAUUAAAAGUAUGCGAUCUGACUUGAAUAUUUCGGGUUCUUUAUAUAAUAUAGGGUUAACAUACCUUGAUAAAGAACAAUAUGAUCGGGCAAAUAACUAUCACGAGAAAAGCUUAAAGAUGAAAAAACUAAUUUAUAAAGGUGAAUCUCACAAAGAUGUUGCUAGUUUUUUAAAUAAUCUAGGGAAAGUUUAUCGAAAAAGAGGACAAUAUAACCUAGCAAUUAGCUACUAUAAGGAGUGUCUAAAAAUAAACAAAGAAAUAUACAAAAAUAAACAGCACUCUAAUAUUGCUAAUUCUUUAAAAAAGUUAUGGAAGUUAUGUAUACUUUUAGAACGGUUUGAUGAGGCAAUUUUCUACAUAGAGGAGAGCUUACAAGUUCAAAAACUUUUAUAUCAAGAUGAUCUUCAUUCUUGCAUUGCUGAUCUUUUAUAUAACUUAGGAGAUGUUUAUCAAAAAAAAGGAAAAUUUGAUCAAGCAAUUAAGUACUACAAUCAGAGCCUUAUAAUAAACAAACAACUCUACCAAGAUGAGCCUCAAGAAAUUGUUGCUAAUAUUUUUAAUAAUUUAGGAGCGGCUUAUUAUGCUAAUGAACAACAUGAGCGAGCAAUUGACUGCUAUGAUCAGAGUUUAAAGAUAAUAAAACAAAUUUACAAAGAUCAAGCCCUUGGUGUUGCUUUUUCCUUAAAUAAUCUAGGCGUUUCUUAUAAAGCUAAAGGAGAAUAUGAUCAAGCAAUUAAAAACUACAAGCAAAGCCUAAAUAUCUAUAAAUUCAUUUACCAAAAUGAAACUCAUAUUACUUUUGCUGAUACUUUACAUAAUCUUGGAUUAGUUUACGCUGAUCAAAAAGAACAUAAAUUGGCGAUUAACUAUUAUGAGGAAAGCCUAAAAAUGAAAAAUAUUAUUUACCAAGGUCAACCUCACCCUCGUAUUUCUUAUACUUUAAAUGAUCUAGGCUUAGCUUACUCUGAUAAAAUUCAAUAUGAUCAAGCGAUUAAAUAUCAUAGUCAAGCUUUGCAAAUGAUAUCAGAUUUUCAAAACCAUCCUUACACGGAGCUUUUUACAAAUAAUUUAAAAAACAAUGCUUAUUUAUUUGCCCAAAAAUAUUAUCUUUCACAACAAGAGGUUGUAAAUAAAGUUUUGUCUUUUACAUCAAACAAAUUAAAUUUUGUAGAUUUUAAAUUGCAUUUUCAAUUUGCGUCAUCACAUGAUAAUAAUAACAAAAGUGAAGAGCAUUUUUUAAAAAUAAUUGAAGAUUAUAAAUUAGCACUGAUAUUUCUUCCUAAAAACGAGUUAUCAACUAAAUUUGAAAUAUGCAAUAAACUUGCUGAAUUAACAACGGAUCAUUAUAAAAAUAUUGAAUUAUGGUUGGCUGUAGUUGAAGAUAAUGUUGAUGAAAUAAAUAAAUUAGCUGCAGACGGGACAAAUUUUGAUCAAGCACCAUUUUUACCUUCUACCCCAAUAGUAACAGCAGUAUUCAAAGGAAAUACUAAUAUGGUAUCAGCAUUAAUUUUAGGAAAGGUUGAUAUUAAUAAACCUAAUAAUAAUCAACACCAAGCAAGUCCAUUAAUAUGUUCUUUAGGAUAUUAUGGACAACCAAUAAAUAUGGAAAUAGUUGAAUUGUUAUUGGCAAAUGGAGCUGAUGUUAACAAACCAAUGUUCGAUGGUGAUACACCAAUGCAUUUAGCUCAUUGCGAAGGUAGCAAAGAAGCUAUAAAUUUGCUCCUGAAACACGGAGCUAAAAUUAAUGCACAAAAUGCCGAAGGUAAGACACCGUUACAUUGUUUGCUAGAAACAAAGUCCCUUAGUACGGUGACGAAGUUAGAAGUUAUAGCAGAAUUCGGCAAACUCUUCGAUACCACAAUUAGAAAAAACGAUGGAAAAACUGUAAUUGAAUAUGCUAAUGAGUACUGCCCUGAACUUACCGUUGAUAAUUCCCGUUUAUUGCAGUUGCUUAAAAUUGCUGAAGUUGUUGAUCAUGUUGAUUAAGUUAUGACUUACAUCAGCAUUAACGUAUUAAAACAAGAAAAAUGUUUACUUGAAGGUGAUUUUUUUGAAACAAAUAAAAACUCAUCAAGUGUUUAA